AUGCCGCACCUAGGCCUGCCGCAGACGGGCUUCCAGGCCCUGAUCCUCUGUGGACCAGGAGCCUCGUUGAACACAUUCACAUCCAUCCCGGAGGAGUUCCCGAAGGCAUUGGUGCCGGUUGCAAAUCGGCCCAUGGUGUGGUACCCCAUGGACUGGUGCUAUCGUCUAGGAAUUACCAAUAUCACCCUCAUCACCUCACCAACCAGCCAGUCAGUCAUGAAGACUGCUCUAUCACAAAAUCCUCAUCUCACAUCCAUCCAGUUCCCCACACCAACACUGCUGGCCCCCGCGGACCUUUCUCCUACUACUGGAACUGCAGAGCUCCUUCGACUACCCGAGGUCCAAGCAUGCAUAAAAACGGACUUUAUAGUUCUCCCCUGUGAUUUGAUAUGCGAUAUGCCCGGGCAGUCACUCCUUGAGGCAUGGAUGAUGACACAGGGCUCGCUGGAUGGGACAUCAGAUGGCUCGUCCAUAUUACCUGGAUCAUCUAGUCUGCUAGGAUUUGCAGGGGAGAAGGCCGGACGAAGAGGUGGACUUGGUGUCUGGUACCCAUUGCCCACAGGCGAGGAGAAAAUCAAGGAUGAAGUGCCUGACUUCUUGGUUACUGCUCCAUUGAGUGGGGAUGAAGCCCCUGCUGUUAAAGGAUCACCUGCCACUCCCGCGUCUGUUCGUGCGGGCUUGCAUAAGAUCGCAUAUACCAUGCCCAUGGACUCGUUAAAGGACUCAAUAGAGGAGAAAAAGGCACUGCUUAUUCGAUACUCACUGCUCAAGAAGCAUGGGCGGAUCAAGAUUCUCAAUGGCUACCGCGAUGCCCACAUCUACUUCUUCCCAUACUGGGUAAAGGUUAUGGCUCAACGGAAUGAGAAGUUCCAGAGUAUUAGUGAAGACCUGCUUGGCUGGUGGGCGAAGGCAGGCUGGCAGAAAGGGUUGGCUACCAAACUCAACAUCCAGGAUCUCUUUCAGUCACAGAAGAGGAGCGACGAGGCGAAAGCAGAGGGCCGUGCUAAUAGCCGUAUCGAGGAGGAAAUCGACCUAUUGGGCAUGAGCACAACCAAAUUACCGCGCGAAUUCGACAUACCAUCACGAACUAUCCCUGCAAGCCUUGCAAGCAGCUUCCAUGCCGCUGAAGACCAGGCUGAUGGCUCUUCCACAACAGCUGCAGAGAAGAUAAACACACCUCCACUCCUCGGCUACGUAGCUCCAUCCAAGCCAUCAAUGCCUCUUAUUCGGCGAGUGGAUAACUCCGCUCUACUUCUAUCAAUAUCACUCCGCCUGGCAAAGCUUGACGCCAUCAACGACACACACCCUCCAAACACUGCUACGCUUUCCCCCCUAGCUCACGCCAGCAAAAUCGCUUACCCACCCGGCAUCGCACAACGCUGCACGGUCUCAAAAGCAGACUGCCUUCUUGCAGAAAAUGUCACGGUGGAGGAGAAAUGCAUCAUCAAAGAAUCCGUCAUCGGCGCAAACUGCCACAUCGCCUCCGGUGCAAGGCUAACUAGAUGUCUACUUAUGGAUGGCGCUGUGGUUGGUGAACGCUGCCAGCUUGUAGGUUGUAUCAUCGGGAGAAGAAGUAAGCUUGGUCGCGACUGUGUGUUGAAGGACUGUGAGGUGCAGAAUGGGAACAUUGUGCCUGAUGAUACGGAUGCGAAGAACGAGAAGUUUAUGGUUUUCGAGGGGUUGGAAGAUGACAUGUCUGUUACUGGUGAGGGUGGGAUGGAAAUGGGGUUUGAUGGAGGAGACGUUGAUAUGCAGAGGUAG